AUGUCUUUAUACGACGAUUUAGGAGUUGAGACUAGUGAUUCAAAAACAGAAGGAUGGUCAAAAAACUUUAAGCUUUUACAGUCACAACUGCAAGUCAAAAAGGCAGCUCUAACACAAGCAAAGACUCAAAGAACAAAACAGAGCACGGUACUGGCACCUGUUAUUGACCUUAAAAGAGCCAGUGCCGAUGACCGACAGAUUGUUGAUACUCCACCCCAUGUGGCCGCUGGACUAAAGGAGCCUGUUCCAAGUGGAUUCUCUACUGGGGAUGUAUUGGUUCCAUUGGCAGAUGAGUAUGACCCUAUGUACCCUAAUGAAUUUGAAAAAGUGGUCAAACGGCAGCGGGAGGAGAGACAGCGGCAAAGAGAAAUAGAAAGGCAAAAAGAAAUUGAAGAGCGAGAAAAGAGGCGUAAGGAUCGUCAUGAAGCUAGCGGAUUUUCUCGUAGACCUGACCCUGAAUCUGAUGAGGAUGAAGAGUAUGAAAGAGAAAGGCGUAAGAGGCCGGUGGGAGGCGCAGCUAUCGCACCACCUACAUCUCUCGUUGAGAAGGACAGGGAAUCUAUAGUGCCAUCAUAUGAUGAAGAGCCUAGGCCCCGACCACCAGCGCCCAAGGCUGCUAUUCCUCCCCCCUAUUUAUGAUGAACCAGAGCGACCGCGGUCUCCAACUGGGCCUAGUAAUUCCUUUUUGGCAAACAUGGGUGGAACUGUGGCUCACAAAAUCAUGCAGAAGUAUGGCUUCCGGGAAGGUCAAGGUUUGGGAAAACAUGAACAGGGUCUCAGCACUGCAUUGUCUGUUGAGAAAAACCAGUAAGAGAGGAGGAAAAAUUAUCAUUGGUGAUGUAGCAGACAAAGUUGAAGCUGGAAAGAAAGGAGCUGACCCCAACCCUUUAACAGAAAUACUGAAGUGUCCCACCAAGGUGGUUUUAUUACGGAAUAUGGUAGGUGCAGGGGAAGUGGAUGAAGAUCUAGAAGUCGAAACAAAGGAAGAGUGUGAAAAAUAUGGCAAAGUUGGAAAAUGUGUCAUCUUUGAGAUCCCUGGUGCUCCAGAUGAUGAGGCAGUGCGAAUAUUUUUGGAAUUUGAACGAGUAGAAUCGGCUAUUAAAGGU